AUGCCAGCUGAUAUUCCAAAGUCUGUUGUCCAAAAAUUGGUGUUUUUCACCGCCGCUAUGAUAAUAUGCCCUGUGGCUACAUUCUUUAUAUGCCAGUACUUGUUCAGCAAUAAUGCUAUUAUAAGUGGAGGAGUUUCUGCACUAGUGGCUAAUAUUGUGUUAAUUGGAUACGUGGUGGCAGCAUUUAUGGAAGAUACCACGGAACAAGAGCCAGAGGAGACCAAGAAGUCGAGGUAG